CGGAGAAAGGCAAAUAUCUCAUCAGAAUGGACGAUGAGCACGUGAUCUUCUGUGACGUGAACCAAUGGCUGAGCUUUGGAAAUUGAGCGUGGCAACAAAAGCAGUUGCGACUUCCACAUUCCCUUCCCUUUAACUUAAAUCUUUUACUUCUAACACAACAUCAUGUCAAACGACGGAGCUCUAGAUAUGGCACUCGACGAUGUCAUCGUUACCAACAAGGCUGGACGACGUGGAGCUAGACGUGGACCCUCUGGAGGAGUCAACAAACGCAGUGGUGGUGCGCCAAGAGCAAGAAACACUCCCUAUUCGCGUCCUGUAGCAAACGCUCGUGCACAACCACCAAGAAGCAACCAUUUGCUCGUCUCAAAUCUUCAUUACCAAGUCACAGAGAAGGAUCUUUACGAUCUCUUUGGCCAAAUUGGCAAAGUGAGGAAAGCAUUCAUUCAUCUAGGCCCUUCUGGAAAGUCCACUGGCGUUGCCGAUGUUAUCUUUGAUAACAACCGGGAUGCUGAUAAAGCUUUGGCAUCCUACAACGAUAUUGAACUGGACCGUCGCCCUAUGCGAAUUGCUUAUGCCGCUGGCCCAGCUGCUCCUGUGGCUGUAGCCGCACCUGUCCGAUCCCAGCCUCGCUCUACUCGUGGAGGUAACUCACGUGGUCGCGGUGGUCGUGGUGGCCGUGGUGGACGUAGAUCAGAAGGUCAACCCAAGAAAUCUCAAGAAGAACUUGAUGCUGAGAUGGACAACUAUAUGCAAGCACCACCCGCUGAAGAUACCGCCAUGGAGUCGUAAAGCAUUCGUUAUUUUUUUUUUAUUCUGUUCAGCUGUAGUGGAUCCCAUUCAGUUCUUUUAUCUUGUUAAAAUUGCUUUAAUAGCUCCGUGCAGUGUGAAUAAUUUGUAUUCCCAAUUUGACUUGUUCCAACGUGGAUGCUUGAAAGAAAUGUGUCACAGCGCAGUAAAACCCC